CUCUGCUUUAAAGAAAGGUAGAUAUCUGAAGUUGGAAAGACUAUGGAAGCUACAAACAUGAUUUUUACCUGAUUUAUUGAGGACUGACCCAUCUGUGGGUGGCAGCAGACACCACCACCCCCCGCCCGUCAUCUAUCAUCUAUAACCAGCUUGGAUUUCACACACAGACUCCUGAUUUAAAAGAUAAUGGAACCAAACAAUGGUUUUCUAAAUACUCAAUUUGCUUUUCAAUGGAUGAGGGGAGUGGAAGUUGGUAUAAAAUUAACCAAUGUAAAUAAAACCCUGGACUUUUACUUUAAGGGAAUCUACUCCACAGACCGCAGAGUCACAGGAGCCAAGUGUUAAUCGUUGAUGGCGUCCAGGGUCUGCCUCUUGAGUUUGCUCAUAAGUUGCCUUGUAGCAGAGGCCUCUUCAUGCUUUUGUGAACAUUACCCAUGGGGAUCUUGGUCAGCUUGUACCAGAACAUGCGCCUAUGGAACACAGAGCCGGUCUCGGAAUAUAGUCUAUGAUGAGCACUACAGGACGAAUAAUUGCGAUCAACUUUGCACAAAACAUGAAAGCCGAUCUUGUAAUGAAGAACCGUGUGCCAUCAACUGUCGACUUGGAGACUUUGGAUCUUGGUCUGAUUGUGACCCAUGUCUCAAAAAGCAGUUUCGUGUCCGUCCACUGGAACAGCCGUCCCAGUUUGGAGGACAGAGCUGUAAUGGCCUGCUCUCAGAUUCCCGUCCAUGCAUCCCAACAAAACUUUGCAACCUUGAAGAAGCAGACUGCACCAACAAGUUCAAAUGUGGCACAGGGCGCUGCAUUGACUCGAAACUGAAAUGUAAUGGCGAUAAUGACUGUGGAGAUAAUUCAGAUGAAAGGGGAUGUCCAAAAAAAACAGGAAGGAUCUUUGAACCUGUACCUGGAGCUCAGCUUAUGGGAAAUGGAUAUAAUUACCUCUCCAGUGAGAGUGCAGGGGAAAUUUUCGACAACUCAUUCUAUGGUGGACAGCGUAAAAUAUUUUAUGGAAAUGAAACAGGGCCAAACCGGAAAGGCUAUCGGCUCGCAUUCAACCUGGAAAAUUUCAAAUUACAGGAGAAAAAUGAGGAAGAUGAUGUUGUAUCUGAUUUCUACAACAGUUUGAAUGAUUUUAACAAAGACAUCAAAACUCAAGACCAUAGGCAGUCGUCUGGCGGUAGUGUUUUUAGAAUUCCAAUCCUGUUUAGUAGCAAACGUAACUCAAGGAGGACCUCAAGUUCAUCCUUUAAGGAAGCUAUAACGUCAUCUUACAAAAAGAAUUCCAAAUUUAUUAGGAUUCAUAAAGUCAUCUCAGUGUCCGAAUUUUCUCUGAAGAAAGACAAUCUCUGGCUAUCGGAUGUCUUCCUGAAGGCUCUCAAUCACCUGCCCUUGGAAUACAACUAUCCUCUCUACAGCAGGAUCUUUGAUAAUUUUGGCACCCAUUACAUCAGUCGGGGCUCAAUGGGCGGAUUGUAUGACCUUCUUUUCCAGUACAGCGCAGAGGAACUGAAAAACUCAGGUAUGACAGAUGAAGAAUCAAGGGAGUGUUUGCGAACUGAAAUAGUUAGACGAAUCUUGUUUUGGAAAAAAAAGACGGUGAGGGAGAGCUGCACUACAAACAGGAUGACAGUGCGCUAUGGAGGAUCAGUUCUGGAGUCAUCCGAGAAAUCUAUCUCCUUUAUCAAACCCGGCAGAGCUAAAUUUGCAGCUAAGCUGGGUUAUGAGAAACAAGGUCCCAACCCUGAGAAUCAAGGCUAUGAAGAGUGGAAAGCAUCUGUAGUCGACAACCCAAUUGUAGUGGAUUUUGAGUUGAUGCCCAUCGUGGAUUUAAUUGCUGGAUUUCCCUGUGCGGUGACAAAACGUCGCAAUCUGCUGAAGGCUUUUAAUGAGUAUCUGGAAAGGUUUGAUCCAUGCAAGUGUAUCCCGUGCCCUAAUAAUGCCAGAACAGUGUUAGUGGAUACAGAGUGUCUGUGUGUUUGUCAGCCUGGUACAUACGGGGAGAGCUGUGAGAAAAAGGCACCGGAUUACAAAUCGAUUGCAGCCGAUGGUUCAUGGAACUGCUGGUCAUCAUGGAGUGCAUGCGAUGCUUCGCGAGUUAGAAGAAGAACCAGGCAAUGUAACAAUCCUGUUCCCAGGAAUGGAGGCAAACCAUGUGAGGGUCCAGACACUGGAGAAGAUCCAUGCACUAUUUCUCUGUUUGAAGACCAAGGAGCUCUGUGCAUUAACGAUGAUGAGGACAAAAAGGAAGUGGACCAAACUCAUCCAGAUCCAGACAGUGGAUGUCCCAAGCCAGAGCCACCAGAGAAUGGACUAUUUGUGAAUGAAAAGAGGUGGUACAAAGUUGCAGAGGAGAUUGAAAUAAUGUGCUUCUCCGGCUAUGAACUAUCUGGGUAUCAAUUCGUGAGAUGUCUUCCAGAUGGAACAUGGAAGCAGGAAGAUGUCAAGUGUGUUAGAACAACAUGUCCUAGACCAGCAGCCACUCUUGAUGUUUCAAUAUCCCGAUUUAAGUCAGAUUAUAAAGUUGGUGAAGUGAUUAAUUUAAGCUGCCCUUCCGGCUUUACUGUCACUGGUGAAACUCGCUACACAUGUGGAAGCAACUACGAGUGGAGUCCACCUAUUCAGGGGGAACUGGACUGCGAAAAAGAGCUGCCAAAGGUGAAUCAAGACAACUGUAAACCAGGUCAAAAGAAAGUUGGUUCUGAAUGUGUCUGCAUGUCCCCAGAAGAGGAUUGUAGACACUACUCAGAAGAUCUCUGCCUUUACGAUCAAGAUAGUGAUAGUGAAGUCACUAUGCCAGGUUGCCGUUUCCUAGCUGAGAAGUGUCUGGGGAGAAAGAGGCUUCAUAUUAUAGAUAAUGGACCAUGCAACAAUGUCAACCUAAACUGGAUGCGAGACAGGAUAUCAUUGUCUAGCCAAAGUAAAAAGAGGGAGGCUUGUGGAUACGACUUCUGUUAUGACUGGGAGCGAUGUACAGACUCACAGUGCUUUUGCCUGUUCCCGUAUCAGUGCCCUGAAAAUAAUGAACAGCUGUUCUGCAUCAAGACCGGUUCUUCUGGGAGGAAGAAAACUGUCAACCUAUGUGGACUGGGAGCCAUUAAGUGCUCAAAUUUGAAAGUUGAUGUAGCUCACAAUGGUGCAUGUACUCAGUAACCAGUAAAUACUUGUAUAUGUAUUGUAUGUGGGAGGCAACAUCUUAUGAGUAAUGAUAUUAAAGAAAAAAUUUCAGAGCA